AUGGGGGAUGGAAAGGCAAUUGUGGCCGGCGUGACCGGAGAGAAAGGAGCAACUUCUCCUUAUUCAAUAUUUGCUUCUGAUAAUCCAGGAGUCUUGAUCACCUCUGUUCAGUUGAAAGGUGAAAAUUAUAAUGAGUGGGCGACAGAGAUGUUCAACGCACUUCAAGCCAAGAGGAAGGCAGGUUUCAUCGAUGGAACGUUGAAGAAGCCACCUGAAGGACACGCAGAUUUGGAGAGUUGGCUUAGUGUCAAUUCUAUGAUCGUUGGUUGGCUAAGAACGUCAAUUGAACCUAAAGUAAGGUCGACUGUAACCUUUAUUACAGACGCACACAAACUUUGGGAGAAUCUGAAAGAGAGGUUCUCGUGGGGAAUAAGGCAAGAUGGAGAUGCAGUAAUUGAUUACUAUGGUCGACUUGCAAAGAUGUGGGAAGAGUUGCAGACAUAUCGGCCACCACCGCCAUGUACUUGUGAUGCAGCAGCCCUUUACGAGAAAGAAAGAGAGGAUGAGCGUGUUCAUCAGUUCGUUAUGGGACUGGAUGAGUCACGUUUUGGUCAUAUAGUGAGAGAGGAGGAUCGUUUGAACUCAGCAAAGACACGAGAACAGCAGCAGGAUGCAGUUGGUUUUGUGUCUCGGCGUGAUAAUAACAAUGGUGAUGUGAGUGGAGGACGCGGAGGAGCGCGUGAUGAGUUUGAGGAGGACGCGGAACUCGGGGUUCGAGUAGAGGAGGAGGCCGCACUGGAUCAAGCAGAUGAAGAGGAGAAACCAAGUUCUGAUAAGAUGUCUGGUAAGAAAAUGGGAGAUGUGAUACUCGAUACAGGGGCAUCACAUCAUAUGACUGGUGAUAUAAGUCUACUUACUAAUCUUGAAGAUAUAUCACCUUGUAAGAUGGCUUUGCUGAUGGAAGACCGGGGUUCGAGGACGCUGAUUGGAGCAGGUGAGGAACGUGAUGGGGUGUACUAUUUACGGAUGUUAAAAGCUGCUCGUGUCAACAAGGCUACGAAGGUGGAGGAUACAUUUAGAUUCAUGCGAGUCUUCAAUCGGAGCCUCCUAUUUGUGACUAUAGUAGAUGACUAUUCACGAAGUGUGUGGACCUAUUUGGUUCUCGAAAAAUCAGAAGUUAAAGAAGUAGUGAAGAACUUCUGUGUUAUGCAGAAACACAGUUUGGCAAAGAUGCCAAUUAAGUUCUGGGGGGAAGCAGUUCUUACUGCGGCUCACGUCAUUAAUCUUACUCCAACCAGAAUACUCAAUGGGAAGUGUCCUCAUGAGGUGUUGUUCGGAUCAUCUCCAUCGUACUCGAAGUUACGAGUUUUUGGCUCUUUGUGUUUUGCGCAUAAGCAACUACGAGACAGGAACAAGUUUGUUUCUCGUAGUAGAAGAGAUGUAAUUUUCAGAGAAGAGGAGUUUCCAUUCUAUAAAGAUAUUGCAGAGAAACCUUCAACUGGGAGUAAUGGCGAUCAGACUGAUUCGUCAAAAGAUACACUAGCUUCUCAGGACUCUGCGAUCAUCGAAGUUGGGCCAGAGGUCUCAAGUACUGAUAGACAAAAAGAUGGAAAUACAGAGAGAGCUUCUCCAGAAACAGAGUGUGCACUUGGUAGAGGACAACGUGUUAAGCAACCUUCUGUGAAGUUGAAUGAUUACGUUACCUACAAGGCAACGUGCAAAGAUAGUACCCCUCACGUCCUCACCAACGAUCGCUCUUUCAGUGUCUACUUCGACCCGGCCUCAGGUAACACGUUCUUCCCACUUACUGAAUAUAUUUCGGAUAACCAAUUUUCUGGUGGACACAAAGCCUUUCUUGCAGCUGUUUGUGCUGACAGCGAGCCUAAGAAUUUUAAAGAGGCUAUGCGUGAUAAGAGGUGGACGAAUGCUGUGUACAAGGAAGUUGAUGCAUUGGAGGUUGCAAACACUUGGAGCGUGGUUGAUUUACCACCGGGGCGAGUAGCUUUGGGAACAAUGUGGGUAUUAAAAUCAAAUAUAACGCUGACGGGACUGUGGAACGAUUCAAGGCAAGUUGGUGGUGCUUGGAAACCGACAGAAAGCUGGCUGUGA